UUAUGGUUCUCGUUGUGUAAUUAUGCAAAUUGGAAUCUUAGUACUUAUGGUAUUAUGUGAACAUAAUAUGGCCAGUAUAUUCUUCAUCUUUGUUGUUGUUUUUAAUCCGAAAACAGUACGGAUUUUGAACACUAUACACUUCUUAUGCACUAGAUGGACAAGUCCGGCAAAGUUAUUGCAAAGUGGGAUAGUAGAGCAACAAAAAUUUACACAGAAAUUUGUGUAGAAGAGGUAAAUGCUCGGAACAGGCCACAACAAUUCCUAAAUGCCGAAGGGUAUGCUAACCUCAUAAGGAAGUUUAAGGAACGCACUGGGCGCACUUACACCAGGGAUCAAAUGAAGAAUAGGUGGGAUUCGUUGAAGAGAAUGUUCACCCAGUGGAAAACUCUGAAUGAUAGGGCUACAGGUCUUGGUCGAGACCCUCAUACUGGUUCAAUCAGUGCCCCAGAUGAGUGGUGGGCCAAGCAAAAUGAAGCAAUGCCAGGCUGUAUUAUGUUCAAAACAGCCCCCCUAGAGAAUGAGGACGAGCUAAAGGUUAUGUUUGGACCAAUUGUGUGCACAAAUGAAAGAACCCUGGUGCCCGGCGUCGAGGAUGCUAAUUCUUCUUCUGAUGAUCAUUUGGAAUACACUUUAGGUGGGGGUGAAAACAGCACACCUGACCCCUGCACUAAUGCUACUGGCAAGCGUAAGUUGCGACAUGAUUCCCCUAAACCAAAGAAGAAAAAAGAUUCGAGGGAAGAGUACAUGAAAAGACUUGUGGCGGCUUUUGAGUCCCGCUCAGUUACCACAAACAAGUCUAUUACCUCUUCUGACAAUGACCCGGUUCGCUUAGAGAUUAAAAAGCAGCUGAUGCAAGUGAAGGAAGAUGGAUCACCUGAAGGGAGCGAAAUACAUUUGUUUGCCACGCAUCUUCUGAUUCAUAAGAAGUAUAGAGAUGUUUUUGCAAACUUGGAGACAAAGGAAGGAAGAAUCGCUUGGCUUCGCAAUGCUUACGAGUUAGAAACUAAAAAGAGCAACUAG